AUGGUUGGAAGAUUAGCUGGAAAGAAUGCCAUCGUUACCGGUGCUGCUGGAGGCAUCGGUCUCGAAACCACGAUCCUCAUGCUCCGCGAAGGUGCCUCCGUCCUCAUGACCGAUAUCAGCGGACCGGGCCUCGAGAAGGCCCUCGCGAAAGUAAACGAGGUCGUCCCCCAGCGCGACGGCAAGGUCGAGUACCGCGUGGUCGACGUCUCGAAGGAAUCCGAAGUCGAGGCGGCGGUGGCACAUCUCGACGCCUGGGGCGGCCUGGACGUGAUGUUCAACAAUGCCGGAAUCAUGCACCCCAAGGAUGGAGACUCCGAGGAGACACCAGAGGCGAUCUGGGACAUGACAAUGAACAUUAAUGUCAAGGGUGUGUGGUACGGAAGCAAGCAUGCGGUGAAGAGCCUCCGGAAGCACGGUAAGAAGAAGGGUAGCGUGAUCAACACGGCGAGCAUGGUUGCGCUUGUGGGUGCUGCGACUCCUCAGCUGGCAUAUACUGCUAGUAAGGGUGCCGUGUUGGCGAUGACUAGAGAGUUGGCUAUUGUGCACGCCCGGGAGGCUUCCGCUUUAACUCUUUGUGCCCUGCUCCGCUUAAACUGGCUGGGCGAUGAUAAGGAGAAGCGUUUCCGUCGCGAGGUUCACUUCCCCAGUGGCCGGUUCGGUGAAGCCAUUGAACAGGCCCAUGCGGUCAUCUUCCUGGCGAGCGAUGAAAGCAGCUUCGUGAACGCCGCUGACUUUGUCGUCGAUGGUGGUCUGACGAAGGCUUAUGUGACUCCGGAGGGCCCUGCCACCGAGGCUCCCAAGAACCUGGGCCAAUAG